GCAGCUGGCUCCGGUACCCGCCACUUCUCGCCCUCCGCCUUUCACUUCAAGUAUCUGGGAGGCCAGUUUUUAAAAAAAUGGAACCUUUUUCCUGUGACACUUUCGUGGCAUUACCUCCAACAACAGUUGAUAACAGGAUUAUUUUUGGAAAAAAUUCAGAUAGACUCUGCGAUGAAGUACAAGAGGUAGUUUAUUUUCCUGCUGCAGUUCAUGAUAACUUGGAAGAACAUCUUAAGUGUACUUAUAUAGAAAUUGAUCAAGUUCCUGAAACAUAUGCUGUUGUCCUUAGUCGCCCAGCAUGGUUGUGGGGGGCAGAAAUGGGAGCCAAUGAGCAUGGAGUUUGCAUUGGGAAUGAAGCUGUGUGGGGAAGAGAAGAAGUUUGUAAUGAAGAAGCACUACUGGGCAUGGACCUCGUCAGACUUGGCCUUGAAAGAGCUGAUACAGCUGAAAAAGCCCUCCAUGUCAUUGUUGAUUUAUUAGAAAAAUAUGGCCAGGGUGGAAAUUGUACAGAGGGUAGGAUGCUUUUUAGCUAUCACAACAGUUUCUUGAUAGCUGAUAGGAAUGAAGCCUGGAUUCUGGAAACUGCAGGGAAGUACUGGGCAGCAGAAAAAGUACAAGAGGGAGUUCGUAAUAUUUCUAAUCAGCUUUCUAUAACAACCAAGAUUGAUCGGGAACACCCAGACAUGAGAAACUAUGCUAAGCAGAAAGGUUGGUGGGACGGUAAAAAGGAGUUUGAUUUUGCUGCAACAUACUCUUAUCUUGACACAGCCAAGAUGAUGACUUCGUCAGGCAGAUACUGUGAGGGCUACAAACUUCUAAAUAAACACAAAGGAAACAUAACUUUUGAAACAAUGAUGGAAAUUCUCCGUGAUAAACCAAGUGGCAUUAAUAUGGAGGGUGAAUUCCUGACCACUGCAAGCAUGGUUUCUAUUUUACCUCAAGACUCCAACCUUCCUUGCAUUCACUUUUUUACAGGAACUCCUGAUCCUGAGAGAUCCAUUUUUAAGCCUUUCAUAUUUGUGCCACAUAUAUCACAACUGUUGGAUACCAGUUCACCAACAUUUGAAGAUUCAGUUACAAAGAAGCCACACUUUAAGCCUGACAGAAGACAUCCACUCUACCAAAAACAUCAACAGGCAUUGGAAGUAAUAGAUAAUAAUAAGGAAAAAGCCAAAACAAUGUUGGACAACAUGAAGAAACUGGAGAAAGAGCUAUUCAAAGAAAUGGAAUUAAUCCUUCAAAAUAAGCAUCUCAAUGUAGAUAAAAUUGUUAAUCUCUUUUCUCAAUGUGCAAAAGAUGAAAUUAGAAUUUAUAAGUCAAAUAUUAGUUCUUAGUGAUCAUAUAAAUGGUCAGCAGUCUUCCUGGAAGUCAGAACCUAUAACCUUGGUAAAUGAUAUAAAUCUAAUUUGAACAGAUCUGAUUAUUCUUUACUAGCAGUCAAGUGAUAUCUUGCCUAUUAAAACUACAUAUAGUCUUGCUGAAAUACUGAGAAAACAACAUUGGAAUUGGAUACAUAUGUCAUGGGAUAGCCAGGUGUCACUUCAGGUGAUGGCCUUGUGUUAUUUUCUUUAGCCACAACUGUUUUGCCCCAAUAAUUAAGUACUCAAUUCUGCAUAAAUACGGAGACAUUAAGAUGAUGCAUGGAUUUAUAUUUAUUAUAAUUAUGUAGUACCCUCAAAUCAUUUUCUCAAUUAUAUCAAGAAAGAUUUUUCUUUAGUAAUGGAAAACAUCUCAAGUGGUGAGUUCUUUGUGCUUUAGGCAAAUAUUAACCAGCUCAAACAAGAAAAUUUUCUAGAUGUAUACAUUAAGUCUUCAUCAUUAUAGUAUAUUAAUUCUGCAAAUGCAUUUUUAUUAAACUCAAACAUGUUCUUUGUCAAGCCUUGGCUGACCCGUGAAUGAGCUUAUAGCUCUAAUUAUCUAGCAAGUUUUGGGCCAUUCCCCUUAAUAGCUUUUUAUGUUAAUAAGAUGUUUUUUAGAAGAGUUUGUCUGAAAGAUUAGAGAAUGAGAUAAAAGAACCACGACCUUAAGACAUACUGUAUCUGGGUCUCAAAUCUCUCUUAUCUUUUACUUCUGUUCAUUCGGUAAAAACCAAAACAGGAAUGAGGUGUAGUGGCAAUGAAAUAGAAUCAUUCUUAUAUUAUGAAUAUUAUAACAUUAUAUCAUUAACAUAAAUGAGUAAUAUCUUCUUAAAUUUUUAAAAAACCUUGUUAAAGUUAAAGAUUACCUAGUAAGACUCAAAACUGCAAAUAUAAACAAAAAUCCACCUCAAAAUAACACUAAGUAUUUUUUGGUUUCUAGAAAUGUCCAUUUUUGGUAUUUGAUUAUCAUAUAAAUUGGUCACUAUCAUCACAAUUAGGAUUAAAAUAAAGAAGUAGACUGUUAUAUUUAAAGAGCACCCAGGAAGUUAUUUUUUAAAAAUUCUCUCAUAAAAACCAUCAUCUGCCUGAUACUGCUCUUGUCUGAUAUAGGUCUGACAUUACAAAGGACAAGAUGUCAGAGUCAAGUACUCAAUUGAGUCUGUGUUAUGUAUGGUUCAGAGAUAGGUUGUCCCUAGAUCGUGAGGACCACUGGCCAACUCCUAUACUCCUCUCUUUGAAUAGAUGAGGGAACUAAGGGUAAGCAGUUCAAUGAUUUAUCCAGGGACACACAGUGAAUCUUAUUUCUUUCUCUAGGGCCAGCAUGUUUUCACCUUCUCCUUUGCUACCACCCUAGACCAAAAACUAGCAGCAUCUCUCACCUGGACCACUGCAGUUAACUGUGCUCCUACGCCCGUUUUUUAAAAUUUCCAUCCAUAUUGGUCACAAUAGUCCAGAGUGACCUAUUAAAAAUUUAAAUCUGA